CUGUGAGGUUGCAGACCCCGAGCGGCGGCCGCUGGUCCAGGCGCCAUGGCUGCGGAGCGGACCCGGCCGCUGCGAGGCUCUGGCGGCCCGAGCGCGCCUAGUCGGUGUGAGCCCGGCGCGAGGUCCUGGGCCCCGGGGCGCUCGCUCAGGUAAAUUUUUCCAUAACCUUAUGGAGAGAAAGGACUUUGAGACAUGGCUUGAUAACAUUUCUGUUACAUUUCUUUCUCUGACGGACUUGCAGAAAAAUGAAACUCUGGAUCACCUGAUUAGUCUGAGUGGGGCAGUCCAGCUCAGGCAUCUCUCCAAUAACCUGGAGACUCUCCUCAAGCGGGACUUCCUCAAACUCCUUCCCCUGGAGCUCAGUUUUUAUUUGUUAAAAUGGCUCGAUCCUCAGACUUUACUCACGUGCUGCCUCGUCUCUAAACAGUGGAAUAAGGUGAUAAGUGCCUGUACAGAGGUGUGGCAGACUGCGUGUAAAAAUUUGGGCUGGCAGAUAGAUGAUUCUGUUCAGGACGCUUUGCACUGGAAGAAGGUUUAUUUGAAGGCUAUUUUGAGAAUGAAGCAACUGGAGGACCAUGAAGCCUUUGAGACCUCAUCAUUAAUUGGACACAGUGCCAGAGUGUAUGCACUUUACUAUAAAGAUGGACUUCUCUGUACAGGGUCAGAUGACUUGUCUGCAAAACUGUGGGAUGUGAGCACAGGACAGUGUGUUUAUGGCAUCCAGACCCACACUUGUGCAGCAGUGAAAUUUGAUGAGCAGAAGCUUGUGACAGGCUCCUUUGACAACACUGUGGCCUGCUGGGAAUGGAGUUCCGGAGCCAGGACCCAGCACUUCCGGGGGCACACAGGGGCGGUGUUUAGCGUUGACUACAAUGAUGAACUGGAUAUCUUGGUGAGUGGCUCUGCAGACUUCACUGUGAAAGUAUGGGCUCUAUCUGCUGGGACAUGCCUGAACACACUCACCGGGCACACGGAAUGGGUCACCAAGGUGGUUUUGCAAAAGUGUAAAGUCAAGUCUCUUUUGCACAGCCCUGGAGACUACAUACUCUUAAGUGCGGACAAAUAUGAGAUCAAGAUUUGGCCAAUUGGGAGAGAAAUCAACUGCAAGUGCUUGAAGACAUUGUCUGUCUCCGAGGAUAGGAGUAUCUGUCUGCAGCCAAGACUUCAUUUUGAUGGCAAAUACAUUGUCUGUAGUUCGGCACUGGGUCUCUACCAGUGGGACUUCGCCAGUUAUGAUAUUCUCAGGGUCAUCAAGACUCCUGAGAUAGCAAACUUGGCCUUACUUGGCUUUGGAGAUAUCUUUGCCCUGCUGUUUGACAACCGCUACCUGUACAUUAUGGACUUGCGGACAGAGAGCCUGAUUAGCCGCUGGCCUCUGCCAGAGUACCGGAAAUCAAAGAGAGGCUCGAGCUUCCUGGCAGGCGAAGCGUCCUGGCUCAAUGGAUUGGAUGGGCACAAUGACACGGGCUUGGUGUUUGCCACCAGCAUGCCUGACCACAGUAUUCACCUGGUGUUGUGGAAGGAGCACGGCUGACGCCACAAGCUGACCACCGCUGACUGACUUUGGGUGCCAGGGCUGCGGGUUUUCAGUGCAACCUUUCUGGCAGCCGACUGCAUGAACCAAAGUUCUCACCUAACGGUAUCAUCGCGCAGUGCACAAUCAUUUAUCUGUGUUUGCCAGGGGGCCAGGGCUCGGGGCGGGGGAGGGCUUGUUUUCUUGACACACAGCACAGCAUGCUAAUGACUUCAUUUGUACUUAGUUACGUUGGUCAGUAUAAGAGGAUGCAUUUGGGAUUCAUCUUUCUUGAAUAUUCGUUUUUAGUAAAGAAGGUUCAAUGGUUCAUUAAUCUGCUAAUUGGUUGCCUAUAAAAACACAUUCAGUCUAUUAAAGCUUCUUAUUAUCGCCUUUUUUUCCUUUUGAAGUUGAAGCAAAGGUGCUAUGAUGUUGUUCCAGCAACUUCUCUCAUGUGGGGCUUUGCUUUUAUAACCACCAGUGUUAUAAAGACCGCUCAGUCCUGUGACAUUCAAAAACUCUUCACCAAAUACCAGUUCUAAAGAGUCUGUCUUCCAGGGCAAAUCAAGUUCUACAAAUUGAUUGUUCACAACACAUUCUAAACUCUCGCACUUGGCAGAGUCCAGGUUGGCUAUAUCUGAGGUGUAAGGGAGUUCUGGAGUUUUUGUUCCCAUGUGGAACACGCUUGUCCUCGGGUUCACACACCUGGGUGAGUGCACAGAGGUGAUGGGAUACAGUAGAAAGAGCACUGAGCAGGAAGGUUGAAAACCAGCUCCAUUACCUAGCAUUUGUGUGGCCUCGGUGUGUCACUUCCCCUAGGCCCCGUUUUCCCUGUCUGUGUAGCCACGUUUGUUAAGCUGAAUGAUUUCUAAGGUUUUGGUCCUGUGUCUGCUGAGGUGUGGGCACGAGUCGGUAUUUCAGUUUUGUCUGAUUCAUUGUUUCAUUUAAGUCAAAGAUACUUAAAUGAAAUCAUUGGUACAAAGUUAUUAUCUAUAAGGAAAGCAGAUAUAUGAAAAGGAUGGAUAAAGGAGGAAUGUAGAAAAUGUAACAGAUUUUACCUAGAAAAUGUUAGCAACUGGAUGAAAUGCUAAGGGGGAUUGUGGUUCUUUAGACAGAAUGGGCAGUCUUAGACACCUGAACCUGACUUUUCUUGCUCCUUUGCCUCUAACCUGAUGUGUGGUUUUAGGCAGAUUAACUUUCUAUCCCCCGACCCUCAUUUUCUUCAUCUUUAAAAUGAAGGAAUUGCCCUAGAUUGGGGUUCACAAACUCCAGUGCCCGUGGCAGCCAUGUACAUGAUGUAAAUGAUCGGAGUGUGCUGGACAGGGUUGUGCUGAAUCAUGGAAAGUUAUCUACUGGGGAAGUUAUUCAGCUCUAAGUGUUAGGUAGAAGUGAGCACAGUGGAGGCAGGUCUUGUGAUUUUCUUCAGGAGGAAGUGGAAAUCCAGAUUUUUAUUUGAAAUCUCCUGAUCUGUAAAAUGUUGACAGCUAAUUGAGGAAAGUUUAAAAUACAAAGUAUGUCUGCGAGCUGCCAGUUUGUAUCUUCCACCUUCUCGUUCUUGUAAAGUUAGGUAACUCUGGGAUCAGGAGUGGGAAUGUUUUAACAUAAUUGUCAUAGACAUGAGGGGGAGAGUAGAGGGAGCCAGCCCCAGGACAAUUCAGCUGUUUCCCAUUGUGUUACAGGAAGUGAGGGGGCUUAUUUCAUCCGCACACCAGCAGGAAGUAGUUUGGAGAUGGACACACAAACUGGAACCUCAGUUGUAGCCUCUGCCUGGGGGUAUGGGUGACUCAUUCUUGCUGGCGUGGAUAUAAAGCUUAUCCACUUCACAGGUGGGCAGAGGGCUUGCUGGCAAAGCUGAGAAGGAAGCCAAACCUGGUGGGGACCCUGCUGUUCCAGAAUCCGCAGUAGCACAGAGCCUGGCGGGACCUCUGAAUUCCAUGGAGUUAAGACUCUAGAGAAUCAGUGUUCGGUUUCAAGGACAGGUGUACUUCAUAUUCCUGUAGACUCUAAGGAGAUUAGGCAAAAGAAUAUAGUAUCUUCUCCAUCCCUGAAGUCCAUCUCACACUCAGUUGUGUGCCUGAGCUCCGCUUGGGCUUCUCAAGAAAUGGACCAGGAAUUGCGGCUGGAGUCCAUUUUGGAGGGGCCUCAGGAGACGUGGGGCAAGGAGGAGGGUGAAUGCCUUUUUCCUCUACCUCUGACCUGAACAGAUCUCUGAGAUCACUGAUCUGAUGACCAUCCCUAUUCCCACCUCACCUCCAGAUACAUCCAGCAUUUCACAGGGCAAGUAAUUAUAGUUAUUUGUGGGAUUUUUUUUUUUUUUUUUUUUUUUAAUGACAAACCUGGAACUUGUAUGACAUGUCCCAUUUCAGUUUUCGGUGGACACCGAAGUUCCCCUCCGGGUGGUAGCAUGGUACAGCUUUGAUUUCCUCCUCACAGAGGCCUUCAUUUCACCUGAGCAUUUUAUUUAAAAGCUUUAUAGAUGCCGGGUUUAUUCAUACAAGUGCCAGCUUUUAUAAAAAUGAAGAACUAAUGCAUCCUUUAAAGAAUAAAGCCAAGUGGAAGGUCAGUGAGUGGGUAGGGGAGAGCCAAAGCUGGAGUGGCGUAGUCCCCUUGCGUUGCAUGAGGGGGCUGCCCUUCCGCAUGCAGUGACUUCUGCUUCCUUAGCUCAGAGGGGAGGAAAUUGCCUUUUACUCUUUUUUUGGUAAAUAUUCUCAUUUCUGAAAAAUUCGUAAGUCAUGAGCCGAAGAGACCUCAUCCUUUUUCGGUGAGCGUUGGAUUUCUUGAGUGAAGUUGUGGUGGAAGCGAAGGGCCCUCUCAGGUGCAUAAAGGGCAGAGAAACAACUUCGGGCUCCGGGGUGACGGUUGGGGGUCUAGGAGAGCUGAGUGAGUGGGACAUUUUCGCAUUCCAAAGGGUGGUAAGUUCCUCCAGCCCCCUUAUUUGAAGUAAUAAGUCAAAUUUGUCAAAACUGGCCCUGAGCUGACCUUUAGACCUAUGGGUGAAAUAAGAAGAAAAACUUCUUUUCCGGGGGGGGGGGGGAUUAGAUGUUGAAAAGUUCCACAGGAAGGUACAUAGCUUUGGAUAGCUUUUCACAAGUGGAAGGUAGGGGACUGUUGCUAUUAAAUUUUAAGGAUUGUACUUCAUUUUUCGUGGUUAAAAAAAGACCAUUCUGGCCACUACGGACACAUUAAAUUAUGAAUGAGGAUUGUGUAAUCACUCUAGUAUUUGUUCUCAGGAGAGUGAUUAUUGCUCUGCAUUUUAGAAAACAGGGAGAAAAGAAAUAUUUUUGGAAACAGUAUUAUUUUAGACAUGAAGAAGCUGUUUGUUAGGUUAGGCAUUUUGACCUAGCAGAAGUAGCAAACGAUGGUGGAGCUGGGCUUUACAACAUUGCCUUGGCCAAACCCAGCCAGCUCCCUGCAGCUCUGGCUGUGUGCCCUGGCUUCUUGGGAACCUCGUGGUGAAUCUUCCAAAAUCACUCUGCCAGUCUCUGGGCCUCCUCCUCUUGCGGGCCGAGGUGGCCUGCAAGUUCCUUUCUCAGUAGGGAAGUGUGCAGAAUCAGAUCACUGUUCUAGGAUGCAGUCUGGGGCAGGGCAUACGGUCACCUUUGCUUUUAGGGACAGAGUUCGUCGGGGUAGGGGAGAAGCUCUUUAGGUCUGUCCCAUUGGUGCAGCCUUCCUACCUGGUUAUGUUGGUGCUUGCUAAGAUAUUUUUAAGAUCACCAAGUCUGUCUUGAGAAUUAUGCAGUUCCCAGCUAGAGUGUCUGAUGCAAAGAGCAGGUUAGCAUUUUUGAUAAGAAAUGCCCACUAGCCAUCUCUGGCAAUGUCUGAUCACAGGGUCCCUUGUUCGUGACUACUCUAGGAAAGUGAAGGUUUUCCCCAUAAUAAAUCCUCCAGUGGAGUCCUGGAUAGUCUUUGCACCGCUCCCUGGUAGGCAGGAUGGUCAUGCUCAGUGCAGAUGGACGUUUGCAGUCAGGUGGUUUCAGUGUGUUUCCAGUCUUCCCUACAGCACGGAACUGUGGUUGCUUCGAAUCUGUAUCACAGUCCUAAGGAGUGAGACCCCACUGGAUUAUUACAGUUUAAAGAACCCAGCUACUUCUGCUCUUCAUGAAUGUGCUCAGAUUAAAAUGUUUUUGCAUAUUUAAACCUGGAAAAUCAUGAGUUCAGAUGACGAAACUCACAGUUAUUCUGUGUUCCCUCUAUUCACAUUGCGCACAGAUGAAUUUCACUAAUUUAGACUUAGUGCUCUUGAGGAGAACGCUCAGGUUGAGGAAGGCUGGUCUCACCAACCCAGCGUCUGUGGCCAUGUGGCGAAUGUGUCUCAGCUCACGUUUAACUAAUUUGAUGUAUGUUGUAAUCUAGGGAAAGAGGUAAAGUUUAUCUGAAGUGUCUGGGAUGUGGGGAGAAGGGAGUGCCUAAGAUAAUAGAGCAAAUGUGGGACAGGAUGUCUCUAUGAAAUGAGAAAUUAUUUUCAUGCAUCACAGAAGCGUUCUUCUACCAUGGGUGAUUGUGCUAACUAUAAAUCAUUGAUAUCUACACAUUUAAGGCAGGUUCUCUCACUUAGGCAACAUUGGUUAGUCAAGUCCAAGUUAUUGUUUGUACUUGAAAGUAAUAAAGCUGCAUUUCCUUAAAAAUA